CAAAUAUUCAAGUAGACGACAUCCUCGCUGGGACUCCCGCGGUUCAAUGCAAGACUAAGGUACCUUUUUGUCUUGUUCUCGCGCUAUAAACCAUGUAAUGUAUUUUCUUCCCUGCUCAGAUUGUGUGCACACUCGGUCCCAAAUCUGCGGAACUUGGGAUCAUGGAGGACUUGCUCCGAGCUGGAAUGUCGGUGGCGCGAUUUAACUUCUCUCAUGGCUCUCAUGAGUACCACCAAGGAACUCUCAAUACCUUACGGCAAGCCAUGGCCAACACGCGGCUAAUGUGUGCUGUGUUGCUGGACACAAAAGGUCCAGAGAUCCGAACUGGGUUGCUGAGGGAGGGGAAGCCAGUGCUGCUGGAAGCUGGCCGGGAAGUAACGAUUCACACUGAUUAUACACUGCAUGGCGACGAACGAAACAUUUCGAUGAGUUACUCUAAGCUUCCGCUAGACGUUGUUGAGGGUGCAGAGAUACUCAUCGGAGACGGCAGCAUCGUGCUCAUAGUAUUGUCUUGUCAUCCUGAAAACGGCACGGUGCUUUGCCGAUGCGCAAACACAGCCAUGCUUGGAGAGCGCAAAAAUGUUAAUCUACCAGGCGUAGUUGUUGACCUGCCUACAAUUACAGAGAAAGAUCGGGCGGAUAUCUUGAAGUGGGGUGUGCCAAACGGUAUAGACUUUGUUGCAGCGUCCUUUGUGCGGAAGGGCAGCGAUGUUUCACGUAUUCGACGGGUGCUGGGUGAGGCUGGGAGGCAGAUAAAAAUAAUUUCUAAGGUUGAAAAUCAGGAAGGUUUGGUCAACUUUGACGACAUCCUCGCAGAAAGUGAUGGUGUCAUGGUAGCUCGAGGUGAUCUCGGCAUGGAGAUACCAACUGAAAAGAUUUUUCUGGCGCAGAAGUUAAUGAUAGAAAAGUGUAACGCAGCGGGAAAGCCUGUUGUGACGGCAACACAGAUGCUUGAGUCUAUGAUAAAGAACCCACGGCCAACACGUGCCGAGGCAACAGAUGUUGCAAAUGCUGUGCUAGACGGCACAGACUCUGUCAUGCUAUCAGGAGAGACAGCCGCCGGAGCUUUUCCUGUGGAUGCGGUCCGGGUGAUGAGCAAGAUUUGCCGAGAGGCAGAGAUGAGCAUCGAUCACUACCAGCUCUUCAAAUCAAUUCUGGCACAGGUGCCGAUUCCAAUGCAACCGCUAGAGUCACUAGCAUCCUCGGCCGUGCGAACAGCACAGAAAGUUCGUGCAGCCCUCGUCGUAGUGCUCACUCGCGGGGGGUCUACUGCGCGAUUAGUUGCAAAGUAUCGACCUGCGGUGCCAGUGUUGACCGUAUUCGUUCCCACAUUGACAACGGACUCGCUGGCUUGGCAGUGCAGCGGAGAGAACCCAGCGAGGCAAGCGAACCUCACGAGAGGGCUCAUACCACUUUUAGCAGAGGGCAGUGCAAGAGCCACUGACACAGAUACUACUGAUGAAAUCCUUAAUGCAGCGAUCGAGCACGCCAAGGUGGCAGGAUACUGUCAUAGCGGGGAGUGUGUUGUUGCACUACAUCGUAUCGGGAAAGCGGCAGUCAUCAAGAUAGUCAACAUCACUUAG